UUAUAACAUGUAUAUUUAUUGCAACCGAAAUUGAUUAAUGCAAUGUAAAUCGUAAAUGUACAGGUUACAGAACGGACUAUGUUUUCAAUAGCGGAUGGAUAUUGUCACAGGACGCUUUUCUACGUCACAACGUUUCCUUUGUAUAAAUACAGUCAGCGUUCCCUUCAUAAAAUAUCAUCAGGUCCAUUGUCUACUUGAACAUAGAAGCAAGAAGAAAUUAUUAAAGAAGAUUUCGUGAAAUUGUCUUUGAGGUCAAUCGUGCAAAGAUGCAGAUCUUCGUCAAGACCCUGACAGGCAAGACCAUCACCCUCGAGGUUGAGCCAAGCGACACCAUUGAGAACGUGAAGGCCAAGAUCCAGGACAAGGAGGGCAUCCCCCCAGACCAGCAGAGGCUGAUCUUCGCCGGCAAGCAGCUGGAAGAUGGCCGCACCCUCUCAGACUACAACAUCCAGAAAGAAUCCACCCUCCAUCUUGUGCUGCGUCUCAGGGGAGGACCUUAAGUUUCCCCUGCUUUUUUCAAAAGUUACUGAUUUAUAGUUUUUUUAAUUCUUAAAGCCAUAAAGGCAAAAUAAAGGUAUUUCAUUUA